AUGGCAGAACCAGAAAAGAAGCUAUCAAAAAACGAACAAAAGAAGUUGGCCAAGAAGGCCGAAAAGGCCGCCAAGAAAGCAGCCAUGGCUGGAGGUGGUAAUCCACCUGCAGGAGGUGCUCCUGCUAGAGAGCCAAAGCAACCUGCUCCCGGAGCUCCAGCUCCUGUGGCAGCACCAGCACCAGGACCGACACCAACGCCAACGCCAACGCCAGCGCUAAAGGUUUUAAUCUUCAAUGGUGACGAAGGCUGCAGUGCCACUCUGAAAGCAGUGUGGGCCGCCACUCAUUAUUCUGUGGAUGUUGGUGUUGCCACAAAGAAAGAUCUUCCAGCUGGCUUUUCUGCAGACAAGAAGCCUGCUUUGAUUUACGGCAACGAUGUUGUUCUCGGAGGAGGUGGCAAUGCGAUGUGCAAAGCAAUUGCUCUUAUGGGUGGUGCCGAAUACUCCUUUGAAGCUGAUGAAUGGUGCGAAUUUGAGAGAACAUCAAUGAGGGGGAACGCGAUCGGAAAUCUAGAUAGUUUGGGUGCAGCUCUAGAAGCGUCACCAACUGGUGUUCACAUUAUUGGAGAAAGUGACUCAAUGGCGGAUAUCUGUAUUAUCUCGGCACUAUCAAAGCACGCAGACAAGCUCAGUAGCUGGCCAUCCCAUGUUCAGACUUACUACAAAGCUCACAUCCCUGCCUUGGAGCGUGUCAAGGCAGCCAUGCCAAAUUACAUCUCUGAACCCCCCGUCGACUUGAAUGAUCCUCGUAUGAUCAUUGUACUUACUCAGAUCUUCUUGGACUCUUUCGAGUCGGUAUUCCCCAAUUCUACUGUACCAAAGACCCUUGUCAGCAAAUGUGCGAAUAAGAAGCAUGGCGAUUUCCAAUGUAGCGGAGCCAUGCCUGCCUUUGCCAGCCUGAAAAAGUCUGGAGGUCUUCCAGAUGGCAUCAAUAGUCCUCAGCAAGUCGCACAGGCUGUUGUGGCCCACCUUGGAGCUGAUCACGCAGUUCUAUCGGACUUGUCCACUCAAGGUCCAGGUUUCAUUUGCUUCCGCAUUGCCACUUCCUAUCUCCAACACCAAGUGCAAAACCUUGUCGGCAAGAGUUUACCAAAGCCGAAUAUCAAGCCACAACAGUGUGUGGUGGACUUUUCCAGUCCUAAUAUUGCGAAAGAAAUGCACGUUGGUCAUUUGCGUAGUACCAUUAUUGGUGAAUCUGUUUGUCGUGUCUUGGAAUUCGUGGGCCACAAGGUGGAACGUGUGAACCACGUGGGAGAUUGGGGGACUCAAUUCGGAAUGUUGAUUCAAUAUUUGCAAGAAGAGUACCCUGAUUUCUCAGAGAACAUGCCCAACAUCACGGAUCUUACCGAGUUCUACAAAUGUGCUAAGCAGCGUUUCGAUGAAGACCCAGAGUUCAAGAAGACUUCACAGCUAAAUGUUGGUAAGCUGCAAUCUGGAAAUGAAGCUUUCUUGAAAAUGUGGAAGAUUCUGUGUGACAUCUCCAGAAAGGAAUUUCAAAAGGUUUACAACCGAUUGGAUGUGACAACACACGAAUUUGGUGAAUCCUUUUACAACGAUAAGAUCCCAGCUGUCAUUGAAGAAUUUCAGAAGCAUGGAAUGAUUUCUAUUGAAGAGGGAGGAGCCAAGUGCGUCUUUGUGAAAGGAGCCAAGAUUCCUCUGAUGCUCCAAAAGAGUGAUAAGGGAUAUGGAUACGAUAGUACUGAUAUGGCAGCAUUGAAGUACCGUUUGCAGGCCAUCGGUGCUCAGCGCAUCAUAGUCAUUACUGACUUUUCUCAAGGGGAUCACUUUGUCAUGUGUAACCAAGCAGCGCAUGAUAUCGGUUGGGUGAACGCAGGCCAGCGACUACAGCACAUUGGUUUUGGUACCGUUCAAGGAGAGGAUGGAAAAAGAUUCAAGACUCGUUCGGGUGAAACUGUGCGACUUGUGGACUUACUUGACGAAGCUGUCAGCCGUAUGGAGAAUUCUCUGUUGCAGCGUAUCGAGAGUGGCAAAGCUAACAUCACUAAGGAGGAAGUCCAUGAAGUGGCCGAAGCAAUUGGGUAUGGUGCAGUCAAGUACUUUGAUUUGCGUAGAAAUCCCACAUCGAACUACAAGUUCUCCUAUGAUGGUAUGCUUGACACAAAGGGGGACACUGCUGUUUACUUGCUUUAUGCCCGUGUCCGAUUCGAGAGUAUCAUGGCUAAGGCGAAGGCAGAACACGGCGUUGACGUUGAAGAGUUGAUCAAGAAUGGAGAGAAGAUUGUGCUUGGACACCCAUCGGAACGAAACCUUGCACUUCAGCUUCACGCUUUCGGGGAUACGAUCGGGACUACCCUUGACGAUCUCUUCCCAUAUCAUAUUUGCGAGUACGUCUACAACUUGUCCAUUGCUGGAUCUGAGUUUGUUACAAAUUGCCGUGUCCUCGGCAGCGAGGAAAUGAAAAGCCGAUUGCUGCUGUGUCAUGUCACAACAAUGGCAAUGCGACAAUGCUUUGAUUUACUUGGCAUUCGUCAUGUCAAGCGUAUUUAG